AAAGGGGAGGGGGGACGGGGGAAGGAGUUCUUUUUGCCCGCUGACUCGGAGCUGCGUUCACUCAGGACUUCAAAGAUCUCUUCGCGACCUUGAUCGUCAGCCUCUUGCCGCUCUCGGCACACCGUGUGCGUCUGACCAAGGUGGAGCACACCUUCCUUUCCGAAGAUGCCAUCAACAACCUAGGCUCCCUCAAAUUCUCCCAGUCGAACCGGAUGCCCGAUCCCAAGGACCCCUCCAGGAUCGUGACAACCACGACGACCACGACCUUCUCGAUGGCCAAGGACAUGGCCCGCUCCAUCUGCCAGCGGUUCCUGGAGGCGAGGUUUAUCGAGUCGGCAGACGGGAGAUACCAGCAAGUCUACGCGAUGAAGGGCGUGGUCUGGCAGCUAACUCCCAAGGGCAUCUGCAUCCUGGACCGCUUCUGCUCGCGGAACGGCAUCCAACAGAAGCAGGUUGCGGAACUCGUUGGCUCAUCCUUGCCGCAGCUGGUGACGCUCGAGCGCGACGGGCAGACAGACAAGCUGCUUACGGACCGUGGCACCAUCGAGGUUAUCUUCCGGAGGUUCAUCGGCACCAAUGGUUUCAACAUCAAGUCCUCGGUGAGCUCGGCCGACUCGGAUUCCCUGAGUGAUUACAGGGACGGUCUCACCGGCGUCAAGAUGGCGGCGGAGCGCAAAAUCAACGGCAAGACGUACAAGGACACCUUCACGGGCAAGGCCGCCUCGGAUUGGCUCCUCGACUGCUCGACGACGGUUGACAAGCGGGAGACGUAUGAGAUCGCCUCGCUGUUUGUCAAGUACGAGCUCAUGGAAGCGGUGCAGCAAGACCGAGCCUACAUGAUGCAGCACCCUGCCUCGACCCUGUUCCAGCCCACCAAGCAUGCCAUCUACCAAGUCACCGCGAAGGGCCGGGAUCUCGCCAACGGUACCUCGACCAGGGGCCGCGCCUCGGAGAGCGAGGGCUUGUCAUCCUCGCGAGGCGGCGGGAUCGCCCGCGAUUCCAACACGCAGCGCCUCGACAAGAUCCUUAACGACCCCGCCCUGCGGCUGCUGUUCCGCGAAAACCUCCGCGAGACCCACUGCGAGGAGAACCUGUCCUUCUACCUCGAUGUCGACGAGUUCGUCCGGCAGUGCCGGCAGGCGAUCCGGGUCGCGCAAAAGAACCCCAACAACGCGGCGUCCCUGGAUGGCAUCAAGGAAAUCAUGGCGCAGGCCUACGGCAUCUACAAUGCCUUCCUGGCCCCCGGCUCGCCCUGCGAGCUGAACAUCGACCACCAGUUGCGGAACAACCUGGCCACCCGUAUGACGAAGGCUGUGGGGCAGGACGUCGCCAUGAUCGACACGCUCCACGAGGUGACGGCCCUGUUUGAGGACGCGCAAAACGCCGUCUUCAAGCUGAUGGCUAGUGACUCUGUUCCCAAGUUCCUGCGCAGUCCCAAGUACGAGCAGACGCUAAAGAACUACGACUUUGAUGCCGUUGCCAGCAGCAACAACUCGCAGGGCCGCGGUCCCGAGCGCAGCCAGAGCAGGUCAAACCGCAACUGACUGGCCAGAAUGCC